ACGCAUUUGGUUACCAAUAUCGCCCUCCGGGCGCGACCUUCAUAGAAGGACUUCAAACGAUCGGGAAAGCGUUUGCUGAUAACAAGAAGAUUGCGCAUUUACUCGCUCUGCGGUUCGGACACGCGUGUAACCGGCGAUUGUGGAAAAUGAAGCUGCGGCGCAAAAAGAGCCAAGUAUUGAGAGGAAAAAUCCCCCCUCCUCAUAUCGAAAAUGUGUGUGCUGCCCGAAAAUUUGUCUUGCUGAUUUGAGACCACAAAUCACGUCUGUCUUGCAAGAAAACAAGUCUACAGGCUCUGCCGCAUUAUGCAGGCGGUUUGUGAUGCUGUUGGGCCUACAGGGUAGACGUUUCUCUUGCUAAGCGCCUAGGCCGGAGCCUCUCUGCUCAGGCUUGGCAGGGGCCUGCAGUCCUCUACUGCAGGACAGACCUAAUUUGUGUGCGCAAAUCCAGCGUCAGAGACUUCCGUUUGAUAUGGGGAGGGGGGGCGUUCCCUUGUGAUACCAAGUUGGGAGUACGCAUUUCCACCCAACUUCGUUCGGUGGCGAGAAGGCAAACUAUCCUGAGCAAAAACGUCCCCACCCCAGAGUCAAGAUCAUGGGGAUCUCGCAACACAAAUCGAGAAUUUUUGGAGAUCAAGCGUGACAAGUUCGUUUCUGUAUUGUAGUGAAGCUUAGCAAGUACUACAGCCGCAACGCAAAUCCAUCUUCUAUUCAUUCUGCUUAGAGUAUUACAAAGUCCAAAACACAAUCGGGAAUGCCUCUCAUUUUGAGGAUGCGCAUUACUUGUCCUCCUGUGACUGGAAAUCUGCACGACAAGCCUGGGGUGGAGACGUUUUUACUCAGGAUACAAACAGACAGAAACUGAAGAUAGGACUCUCGAAGGAAGGUACUCAAACCGAGAUCGAGGUGAGUCCGCAAAUGGCGAAGCUUCACGGGGUGCAUAUCCUGUGGAGAAACUACGUCCCCAUACCAUAGUCAAGUUGGUAAAUAAAUAUUUUGCAACUACAGAAGUCUUCAAGUUUUGGGAGUUAUGCAUGACAAGUUUGGGUGUAAUUCUGUGUAGCUGCUAGUAGCUCAACAGCGUCACAGAUCCAGCCUAUCAGGCUCCUUCGAGCGCCAGAGAUGCCGGAACUGGAACAGAACUAGAAAAUGCUUCUCAUGGGGCUCGCUCCGCAUGAGAAAUAUUAUCAGCAUGCAUAUUUGCAUGACAACUCUGGCGGGCUGGGGACGUUUUUCCAAAUGAUAGCGCAGCUGGCCGGUAAGAUUAGAACAAUUGAUGGGCAAGAGUUGCCAGCUAGGCUACUUCAUCUCAUGGUGAGGCAGACACUCCCGAAAACAAGCGAAGCAGAACCGGAGAAAAUGAUCCUCGCCUCUCGCACAGCAGAUAUGGCGCUCUCAAACGUUACAUUCUCAACUGGUACAACAUUGAUUUGUCACGCAAAAGCACCUUAAGCCGGCAGAUGAUCGAGCUGCUUCGCAUGACAAAUUUCGGGAGGGCUAGACAGCAUCUAAAUCUGCGCCAAACUUGUAAAUGCAAAGGGCGCAAUCUUCCUCCUUCCAAUUUUGCCAGUCUUGCAUUACAAAUUCAUGUAACAGUUGAGAGUGUAACAUUUUAGAACUCCAUAGCAGAGCCGGACGAGUUCGAGUUUUUCCGUGGCGAAGUAUGAGCAGAGUGCACAAGAACUCCCCCUUGUUCCCUUCUUUUGGGUGUUCAUCUUGGCAUAAAUAGCAAUGCAAGCGUCUGCAAGAUGAGGACGAGUGCGAGGAGGUUCGUUUUGCUGCCUGACAGAUUUAUUGCAGGACUACACGACGAGGAGUGCCGCGUGUGUACUUACUAGAAGUUGUGCUAUAAUUUUUUGCGCUCCUGGUCCUGCAGCAAGAACUACUUUAACCAGGGAAUGAACAGUCCCACGAGCAGGCAAGGCGUAAAUUUAUUUUAAACAGUUUGCAUGAUCGAAAUGAGCAGGCCGAGGGGGAAUACUACUAGUUGUGCACUCUUAUACCCAGUCGAAUACGCGGAGGAGCCGUUCGGAAUACCCGCGCAUUACAGGGCGGACGUUAGCAUUGUCUUCAUAAACGGGCGGUGGCAACUUAUCGUCAAAAAAAUCUUUUGGAAGGACUUGCAAGAAAGAGCGACCGAGGGAACUACGCCGGGUCGUACUACGAAAAUCCUCGAGGAGGUACCCAUGGACCAGGAGACGAAGCAGGAAAGAAGAACGUUUUCGCUUUUGGGGAAUUCAGGACUAAAAAAGACGAAGGGUGGAGAGUGCACGGGUGUGCUCAUGGAAUCGAAAAAAGAAAUCGUGGAAGAUAUGCGUAAAAACAACGAGCGGCACAGCACCUCGAUUCUGCUGCCCUAUUUCGCGGAAGAGACCUUCUUUUUGACGACGUCGUCGAGUACGAGUAGCAGCUUCAACGGGCGGCGGGGACGAGGUUCUUGCGAAGAUACAUCGUCGCAAUUCUUUGACUACAAUUUUCUGGAGUCGAACAGUCAGGCUUAUGAAGACGGGGGUGACGUGCGCAGUUUUGGGAGCGGAAAGGACAUGCAUAUCCAGUGCAAAAGUAUCGUACUCGUAGUAAUUGCAGCUUUUAUGGCAUAUACAAAUCUUUUUGUUAAGGCAAAUCCGCAUCACAAAUUUACUUAAUUUAACGUUGUAAUGCUGAGCUAAUUGCAAUUGCUAUACAUUAUAUUCAUGCGAAAAAAGAGGUAGACAGAGGGCCCCAGAGAGGUGGCCGAAAAAAGAGGUCGACAGAGGUAGAAAAGAGGUCGACAGAGGUGGAGAGGUGGCGCGGGACCCCGUUCGAGAGGGUCCGCGAGAGGGUGCGCGAAUAAGGCCCGCAGUAAGCGCCCACCCUUAGGCCCCGCCUAAGUGGCACAGAGGGCGCAGAGAGGUCAAAAAGAGGGGGCGCGAGAGGUCGACAGAGGUGGAGAGAGGUGUUGUGAAUAAGGGGCGACCUCUCGUGGACCCUCUUGGCCACCUCUCGGCCACCUCUGUCGACCUCUUUCUACCCCCCCGCGAGUAUAGCCGGACUAUUAGCGGGGACCCCCAAAAGAGGCCAAAAAGAGGGUCCGCGAGAGGUCUGUGAGAGGGUAAAAGCACAAAGAAGCGGGCGCGAAUCCGCAUGGCGCUACCCAUAUUUGGCAUUGCAGGCCAUUCGCGGACUUGUUUUGUCCGACGCCGGCCUUUCCGUGCCACCCUCUCGCGCACCCUCUCGCGCCACCCUCUCGCGCCACCCUCUCGCGCCACCCUCUCGCGCCACCCUCUCGCGCCACCCUCCCGCGCCACCCUCGCCUCUCCCGCCGUGCGGCUUCUGUUCCUUCGCCCCCGGUGUUCUUUGCAGCUGCUCCCUGCGCAGAGCGCCCACAGGCGCGGGAAGCGCGCAAGUGGUCCGGCGGCUUGGCGCGGCGCAAACCGGCGGCAGGAGUCCAGUAGUGUUUUUCUGUGCCUAGGCCCGUGGGGUUGUGGUCCGAGCGGCAAACAGCCUUGCCCCGGCCCAACAGCCUAGCGCUCCGGCGGCAGCCGGGGCAUGGCUGGUUUAUUAUACUAGUGCGAUGCUUUUGCAGUUCAUAAUGCAGACCAGCAACCAAAUCGAUCUGCUUGAUGCGGUGCGGCAGGUCCUUAGAUUCGGCUAUAAUAUUUUUAUGCCGGAUGAAGAACAAGUACAAGACACGACGAGAGAUGCUGGUGCAGAAGAACACGCUCGAAAAGUUUUCCUGGAAGAGCUUGCCAUGGACCUCGAUACCCUUGUAGUUGUUGCGCGCGAUCAAGAUCAGCGACGCGAAAUCCACCGCGUCCGCGCCCAGGAGAAGUUGGGAACGAUUCUCCCGAUUUUGCUCGAGCACUUUGCUAAUGACUACGUGCUUCGCGACCACACAUAUUCCGAGGAACUCCGGCCUCUUGUGGCGCGGAGACAAGUUCAAGUCAAAUCACGCCAAAUUCCACCACCUUCUGAGGCAGCAGAUUCGAGAACAUCGGCGGCGCCAGGUGCUGAAUUCGCUUUCGACGUUGAUUUCUCUGUCGAAGUGGUGGCGGACGCUUUCGCCAUAUUGACGCCAAAGCUGCCGGAAGCUUUCUACCGCGAGACAAAACGUGACCACAACGGGGAGCCAAGGAAACCCGGCUAUCGGUUGAAGAAGGUAAGGGAAGCAGUGGAGAGUUGCGUCAAGGUCGUUCUCGCGCAGGUUUCACGCGCCGCCACAGGAGAGCAGCUGCAGCUCCGCCAAAAGGGCUCAGGAGCAACGUCAGCCGGUACUUCUAGAAAUCCAGAAGCUCCUCUUGUUGGGGCACUGGCACAGACGAGAUCGAGCGUGGACUUGUGGACGAGCAUUAUGGACUACGAACCUGGGACCUACAUGAUUCCCAACGGGAUCACGCUCACUAAAGGAUUGCUAAGUGUUUUCUGGCACUACCUGAACAUGAAUGGCAAAGCAGAAGUUACUAUCGAGGCCUUUGCGAAUCUAAACACUCGGGAGCAGAAGAGUCAACAAGUACGGGCGCGGGAGUUGCUGCGGCUGUUUGCGUUGGGACCGCGGAGGGAGGGGAAAAGCCCUUGGGUCGCUUCCACAAAACGCUUGUUUCCAGAUUCCUCAUCUCCUUCUCCGACACCCGGCACCGCGGCAGGCCAAGGCGCUCCUCCCCCUCGUUUAUCGCGCGAACAGACGUCCUAUCAAAUGUAAAAAUGUCUGGGUCUGGAAGGUCGGAACUUGUAAUGCGUAUUUCAGAACACAGAAAAGUCUCUCAUGCAUACGUAGCAAAAGCUGCCCACUUUCUGUCAGCAAAAUAGGCAAUUUGUCAUGCGGAUUCGGCAUUGCGGAAGCUUCUCGAAACCUGUGACGCUAGAGCUUUCAUGCCAGACCUUCUGUGUCAUGCAAAAACAGCAUGACUUUUCCAGACCCAGACAUUUUUACAUUUGAUACGUCCUUUACCGCGGUUCUGUAUGAUUCGCUGCGUGGAUUGUACGCAGAAAGAGCGGAAAAAGAUCAGUGGUAUUCUAAUUCUUCGGGGGCGGUGGAAAAGAAAACCAAAACUCCACCAUCUUCUGAAGUGGUCGGUGGAUUAGGAUUAGGGAGCGCUGGCGGACCACGUGGUCAAGAUAUGGCGGCUUCCGGCAGUGGCAGUGGCGGAACUGCAGCCGGCGGAGCUCCAACUGUACGCAGGGCGCGUCGAAAACGGCGGAGGCGGAGGGUGACGACGAAAGGUCGUCGCGUCAGGUCGAAAACGAGAUGAAAAAGAAACAAGAUGAACGUAUUUUGAAAACCUUAUAUCAGAAUAAUGUGAAUCUGAAACGACGUGCUGCAAGUCAGUAGAAGAACAGCUGUUGUAGUAGAUACUUGUUAUCAACAGGAGCGGCACCCGGCGCGGACUGAAACUGAUCCUAUGUUCCUCAGCGCCGCGGCCUAAGUCCUCAGCUCCUAAGUAUCUAAUGAUCGUAUGAUUUUCGACAUCAAGUGAAGACGAACAGCACUCGACUACAACUGCCGCGGAUCCAGCGAGCCACUAUCUUCAAUCCGACUUACCGCGACAAAGGGGUGAUCGUAGGCAGACUAGAAGCGGGGCUUGCAGCAAACCGAGGGAGACAACGGGUCGCAACUGCUGGAGGUUGCGGCGUUACAGACCUUCGGAUUGCUGGGCUUAUCGCUUCAAAAAGAUGUCCUAUGGUUAGCUUAAGAAAAGAGUAGCUUAGUAGAUAGAAGCUGGCUAUAGAGUUUUCCUCCUCCUCCUCCUCACUCAGGUGUAAUCACAGCGCAUUCAGAUAUGAUCACGGAACUCACUUCGAAGAUAUAGUCGUGGCACGGCAAAAAUCAUGCAGUCCGUAAUUUCUUGACGAUCACGAUUCAUUUUGAGAAAGCGCGUCCAGAAAAGAUCGAAUCGUUUAUAUUUUUGUGCUCCUGUAAGAAGGCAGCAGCAUCCGCUAGAGUGCUGGAUGCGCGAUGAACGCGACACAAGGCUCGUAGCCCGUCGCUGACAUUGAAAGACCGUGGCAAAAUCAACCAACACGACGCUAGUAGCGAAGACGCGUCGAUGCUGCCAUCAGGAGCAUUGGAAUAAGAGCCCGCCGGUGCGCUCUAAGACGCCCCCCCCCCAGCAGGGUGGCCCAGGCACCUCCAGGAU